AUGGCAAAUAUCAAAGGGAUUCCAAUUUCAGAUACGCCUUGGGGACUGAUCUUAAUCUGGGUGUUUUUCCCGUUCAGGUGUCUCAGUGACGGUAACAGCUGGGAAGCUUUAUUCCUGUUUUUGAGCUUAGCUAAAGCUUAGAGUCUACGCCAAUCGAGCAAAUCAGCAUUAGUAGCCAAGUGCGUCCACAAGUCCUACAGUCCUAGAAGGUGAGUAAGCUGUGUGACUUAACUAGAUAAACGUUUUUGGCUGACUCAGAAAAAUCUCUUUGAACAUAGUCUUGUUCCAUUGAGUUCCCUGGUUAUUACAAGAUCAAGAUUACUGUUGGAAAAGCUCAUCCAUUAACAUCGAUUGAUCACCAGGGAAAUCGGAGAUGUCAACCCAGCUCGCUUUGUGCUUAUAAACAUGUCUUAUCCUGUAUUUUACUAUUUUUUAAAGUUAUGAUUCUAAACUUUUUAAACACGCUCAGCCUUGACAUAAAUAAUUUCUAAAGUGCAACAACUUUUAGAAAGAAGUUGAAAAUAAACCCUCUUACCACAGCCUUACGUUAGCACGAUUCCCCUUUCACUUUUUUCUUUCCUAUAGUAACGACAUUUGCCUGUCCCUUAGUUUUUUUCUCGCUUUUGUCAUUAGAUUUUUGCUAACAUUCCAUGGUCGUUCCAUAACCAUUCUAAGUAAUGUUUAUGAUGUAUAAGUAAUUUAAAAGUUAAAUGCCUUUAUUUCGUUUCCUCGUUGUUUUCCCAUAGUCUUUUUCUACAUCGAAUCUGCAAUUUACAGACAUAUGAAAAUUUGGAGAACGAGAAACCAAAUAAACAGUUGUUUGCCUGUGCCGCUCCACUGUCCUGCCUUGUCGAAGCUCGAAUUAUUCUUCCAGUUUACGUAAUUUUGCUUUAAAUUUGAUGGCGUAUUCUCCGAAAGCUAAUGCUCAAUCUUGCAGCAAUUUCUGUUAUCUUAUUAGUUUUCUUUCAAUGCAUCACUUACUGAACAAGAAAGUAAUUAUCUGCUAGUUUGAUUCUAAAACAACUGAGACCAAAGUGAUGGACUGACUUUGCAAUAUGCUGCAAACGAAUUUAAACAUUUAAACAUCGUCGGCUACAUGAUUACCAUGGAAUAGGUCUUAAACUGUAGUCAGAACCGCUCUCGAGACAAUUGUGAGACUUCUCUGUGUUGAUCAACAAGAGAAAUACUAGUGUGUAGGCAGCUAAACAUAUGUUGUAUUCAUGCCUUAAUGUCUGAUCUUAGCUAAUUGAAUAUCUCUCACAUUGUUUGGAUCUGUUGAGCGGAUGCACACAGCUGAUUUGCUUCGCCACUCUGGUUGUUUUUUUCAUCCUGUGUGGUAAAAAUAUGCGAUCUGAGUGACACCUCCGCAUCUGUUCUCAUAAUUUCGUGAGAUGUUUUUAUUUUUAUUGUUAAGCUGUAAAAACCCAAACCGGAAAAAAAGUGAUUAAAUGAAAAAGUUAUCAAAAGAUGCUGAAAAAGUUUCAAGUGGUUAUCUAAAGUGUUUGUAAAAAAGAGAGUUACCUCCAAAUUUUUUUCCGUAGGGACAAAGGGUUUUUUUUUUAUUUUUCAAAGACCUGACUACAUGAAAAUUCAUAGGAGAAAGUUGCUUUGAAUGUCAAUGUACUGGAUUUUGCCAGUAGAAUUUCAGUUUCCAAGUAUCGCGUUGUAUAAUUGUGAGGGAUAAAACAGGGAAGAAAAGAGGUUUAUCAGAGCAAAAAAGGGGAAAAACUGUUUACCCAGGCUCUGGCCUUUUUUGCAGCUCAAAAAAUAUAAAACUCAAGUAAAAGAUUGUUGUUUUGAUCGCACUCAUUUGUUUUGACUGUACGCAGGGGUUAGUCAUCUGAAAAACCACCUCAAAAUGUGUUCGUGCCUAUCAUUGAUACGUACUCGUAAACUUACAUAAAUUGUCUCGUGCAAUUUGAACUAAAUAUGCACUCGUAAAUUUUUUAAAAGAAUAUAAAUUGGUUACUACAGCGACAAAAGGUUAAUUAAGAGUGAAAAAAAACCACAAUUCUUUUCAUAAGAAAGUUUACCAAAAUCUUUUGUCUAAGAUUAAUUAUUCCUCAGCAAAUUGUUGCCGAUCUCUUAAAAAAUAGAAAUUUCUCUUUAAAAACUUUACUUUAAGCACUUUUUAUGCCCUCUUUAUUUUUUCUUUUUUUUGUUUUCUUUUUUUGUUUUCAUUUUCUUUUUCAUCGUUAUCCAUUUUCCUAGCGGCGCAAAAUGGAAGGAUCAGAUAACUCCAGUGGUACUGUAGCUUUAUCGUUAGCGCCAAGCGAAGUCAUAGCUUGGUGCGUUAUUUUCGGCGUGGAAGCCUUGGUGGCCAUUACAAGCAAUGUGGCCACAAUCGCUAUAUUCCUCACUAACAAGCGAAUCCGGGCUCAAACGUCCAUCCUCCUGGUUAAUUUAGCUGUAGCUGAUUUGCUGGUGGCCACAGUGCCCAUACCUGGGUGGGUGUACUUCUUUGGAGCUCAAGCCAACCUCUGGGCAGACAGCACUCAUCUGGCUGGUCACAUUACCUACUCUGCCCUGGAUAUUGGAGGAGCGUUUGCUUCUGUUACCAAUCAUGGCUGCAUCGCUGUAGAACGACUUAUAGCCACGCUGUUACCUUUCAAAUACAGAAGCAGUAAAAGGAUAAUCACCACACAGCUCAUUAUUAUGGUAUGGAUGUGUGCAGUGUGCAUCCCUGUGGUGACUCUGGUUGGUUUCCAUGUCCUUCAUUCCAACAUGGUUGCUUUUUUUGUUUGGAUGCCAUUCCUUACUGUGCUGCUUCUGGUCAUCACUGUGUCCUAUUCCAUCCUGUUGGGCAGAAUGAAAUGGCUGGCACGCAAUCUUCAUGAUCAUGAGGGAACUGAGCAGCGUAACCAUCGCUUCACUGUCACCGCCUUGAUGGUCACUGUAGUGUCCUUACUAGCGUGGUUGCCUUUCAUGAUUAUGAGUGCCAUUAACCUGGUGGCGCAAACCAUCAGUCAUGACGUCCGACUCGUGAGCAUGGUCAAACUCCUGCACUUCUUCAACUCCAUCUGUAGUAUUUUCAUCUACUGGUUUCGGAUCCCUAAUUUCAAGGCCGCUGCUUACGCCUUGGUGUUCCGUCGCCAUGGGAUGGAACAGCCUGAGCGACACAGGGCAUUAUUUCAAAGUAGGAGGUCAAACAGUUGCCGUGACACAGCUGCAACCUCUCUCUAA